CGUUCUUUUACGAAGUAUGAAAAAGAACGAAAACAAGUAUAAAUAUUUAAUGAAAAACCGUCAAUUUUUCUUCGUCUUUUCGGCACACUAAUGGACAAAAAAGGAGACAUUUCGAAAGCAGAGGAAUGAAAAUAAUACGCUGAUAAAUGGUAGAAGCUCUUGAGGUCGUGUUUUGAAGCUCCCUUAGCUUCAAUGGCUGCCAUGGGAAACGAU